UGUGUCAAAUACUGUGAACAUUGUGAAUCUAUCUAAUCCCGAUUCUUUGCCAAUGAAUGCGUGCAAUGUGUACAUUUAUAAAUAGAUAUAUUUAAUUUAAUUAUAUAGUUCAAUCGAAUACCAUCAUUGUACGUGUGAAGUGAAAAUGUAGCUCUGUCAUGUUCAUUAUUUAAUCGUAAACAUUUAACGUCGUAAUAAAAAUAAUGUUCCGGCUUAAGAACUUCGCUUCUUUACUUCUAGUCUAUUUAGUGGUCGUUCCUAAUUUCGUAGCACCUGAAGAUGGCACGGUGUACGAAUACGAUCCCGAAAGCUUCCAGCGGCAGAUUGAAGAUAUGAAUGGAAACUUUAUUAUGUUUUACGCACCUUGGUGUCGACAUUGCACGGACUUCCAGCCAAUGUGGGCUGAGUUGGCAGAGCUGGUAAACACCAAGGAAUCCGAGUUUGCCAUUGCCCAGGUCGACUGCACUAGACAUGCCGGGUUGUGCCAAGACAAUGGCAUCACUGGCUACCCAACGCUUUUGUACUACCACAAGAACUCAUUCCUGCCAGUGGAAUACAAGGGCACGCGUGACCUGCCCUCCCUCACUCUCUUUCUCAGCGAGGUCUUCAAUGCUAAAACUGAGGAGUCUAAUGCCAAGAAAAGCCAGAGUAGUGAAGUUAAAUUCUACAGCGGUAUGGCACAUCUUACAGAUCACAAUAUUGAGAAGUUUGUAGCCAAAGGGCAGCACUUCAUUAUGUUCUACGCGCCAUGGUGCCAGGCUUGUCAGAGAUUGGCUCCAGUGUGGGCGGAGUUGGGUGCGCAUUAUGCGCACAAUGAGUACAUCCAGAUCGGCAAAGUGAACUGCAUGGACAACGAGCUGACCUGCGCCACCUUUGACAUCAAACAGUACCCCUACCUGCUGUGGAUCGUGCACGGACGAAUUAUGGGAGUAGCCAACGCUGAGACGCUGGAAGACCUAAAGGCCUACGUGGAGAAGAUGCUGCUGGCGGAGAACCACGACCCGGAGAAGUUCAUGAAGAAGAAGAAGGCGCUGCCCGUCGCGCGCAUCUCCGAGGAGACCUUCGAAAUCUUCAUGGAGAAGGACCUGGUGUUCGUCAACUACUUCGCUCCCUGGUGUGCGCACUGUAUGCAGCUAAGCCCGCUGUGGCUGAAGCUGGGCGAGCGUUUCCAGAACGAGAGCCGCGUGCUCAUCGCAGACGUCGACUGCGUGCGCUCCAAGCCCAUCUGCGAGACGGAAAUGAUAAACGGACUGCCGACGCUGAUCCUGUACAAGCACAAAAAGAUAGCGCACGUGGAGCACGGCGCGCGGCCGCUCGAGAGCCUCGUGGGGCUCGUCGCGGAGCACCUCGCCGCGCCCAGCGAGCCCCCGCCCAAAGACGAGUUGUAGCUAAUAUUCACUCAACAACAUUAUUGUUAUGUAAAAUUUAUGUUACGAGACUAUCGCGAGUGGAUUUACUAUCAACCCCUGAAGUCCCAGCCAUAGACAAUGUCAAAAUAGUUUUUGACCGACUGUUCUUUAGGUUGGUAUUCCACCUGUCCAAUAUCUUGGUCACAUUGCUGCAUUGCGUCUCACUCUCUCACUAGGCAAAAUGUAAGAUGCAAAUACACAGUGGACAGGUGGAAAACCAUCCUCACAUAUAUUUUGUAUUAAAUCGCGUGUGCGAUAUCGCGUCCAAGGGAUUUUGCCGACGUGAUAUCGUAACUUCGGGACUGGAGGGGUUAAGGUGCGUCCAGAUCUGGCAAAACUUUGGCAAAGCACUCGCGCUCUGCACGCGCGCUUUACACUCGCCUCGUGCAGUGCACGAAAUGCACACGGGCCGUUAGCGAUAUUAUUGAAAAUCGUACGCAUCUCUCGGGAAUGGCACGCAUCUCGUUUUUACUCUUGAAUUGUGAGUUUUACGUAACAUUAAUGAUGUGUUCUAAAAGCGAAAGAUGUACCUAAGUGAUAUAUUAAAUUAUUUCAUCCAAA